UGAUUCAUACAUUUUGAAAAUACUCAAGAAGUGCACAGCCAGGGAGUUGUGUUUUUAGAUUAUUAUUAUUGUUAUAAACAAAUUAAAAGAAGAAACAAUGAAAUGGGGGGUUCUUCUUGUUCUAAUUCUGGCCUCCGCGACCGCGGUGUCGUGGGCCGAGAAAGAUUUCGAGGAUGACGGAGAAGAAUACUCGAGCCUUGAGAUUCCGCAGUUGAAGGAGUUUUCAGCUUUUGGGGACUUCCUUUCUUAUGGGUUCUACCAGAAAAGUUGCCCCGGCGUUGACGGCAUUAUUCACCGUAAAGUCAAGCAGUGGUUCGAUAAAGAUAACACCAUUGCCGCUAGCCUCUUGAGAUUGCACUUUCAUGACUGCGUCGUCAGGGGCUGCGAUGCUUCUAUUCUUCUGGAUUACGAGGGAAGUGAGAGACGGGCUCCGGCGAGCAAGACACUUAGAGGUUUCGAAGUAAUCGACGAUAUCAAAGCCGAGUUGGAGAAAAAGUGCCCGAAAACAGUUUCUUGCGCUGACAUUUUAACCGCUGCCGCGAGAGAAGCGACUGUCCUCAUCGGAGGGCCAUAUUGGAUGGUACCAUAUGGAAGAAGAGAUGGAGUUGAUUCCAUUGCCAAAGAAACAGAAUUAGUGCCAAUGGGUAUUGAAGACAUCACUUCUCUCAUUGAAUUAUACCAAUCUCUUGGCUUGAAUGUCCUAGAUUUGGUCGUUCUUUCAGGGGCGCACACAAUCGGAAGGGCAACAUGUGGAGUGAUACAAGAAAGACUUUACAAUUACAGCGCAACUGGAAAACCCGACCCAUCCUUGAACCCAAAAUACUUAAACUUCUUGAGAAGAAAAUGCCGAUGGGCCACCGACUACGUGGACCUUGACGCUACAACUCCCAACAAAUUCGACAACGCCUACUACUCUAAUCUCCCAAAAAAGAUGGGUCUUUUGUCCUCUGAUUCGGCUCUCUACACCGAUUCAAGAACUUCCCCUAUUGUUAAAGCCUUGGCCUAUCAGCCCUCCAUUUUCCGCCACCAAUUUGCUGUGUCCAUGGCUAAGCUUGGGAACGUUCAAGUUCUUACUGACCUUUUCGAAGGCGAGAUUAGAACCAAAUGCAGUUGUAGGAAUUCUCCUUGAUAUGUUAUAUAUCUACUACUGGUUGAUCUCUUUCAUUUUCUUUCAACAUUUUUGUUUUUGGGUUGUUGGUAAAUUUUUUUCUUCUGUAAUUUCAUGUUAAGGAUUGAUGUAUUAUUGCAGUCUUGAUCUUUGGGUUUGGGAUCAGAUACCACCUUUCAAUGAUUAUGGUAUUAAUGAUGCUUAUUGUGGAA